AGAACAUUUCGAAUUGGUCGUUGGUCGAAUGGCAAAAUAAGAGGUCUUGAUAUUAAACGUUAUCGCCAAAAAAAUAUAACAAAAUGUCUCUUGGAAUUAUCGAAAAAGGUCCAAAAUUUGGAGUUCGACAUGUUCAAACAAUUUUGUUGUUUUUUUGUUUUGUGGUUAAUUUUAUGGAACGAUUGGUUGUAUCGGUGGCAGUAGUUGCCAUGACAAAUGCUGCCACAACAAAUCCAAAUUUCCCGGAAUACCAAUGGAAUGCAAAACAAAUCUCUUACAUCUUAAGCAGCGUCUUUUGGGGUAUGAUUAUCGGAAUGAUACCUGGCAGCUUUUUAUGCCGAAGAUGUGGUGCCAAAUUCACAAUGAUGAUAUCAAUAUUGGGAUCAUCUGUAAUGGGAGUCAUUACACCGAUUUGCAUACCUUUUGGCGGUUGGAAAAUCUAUUGUGCCAUACGAAUAAUUCAAGGCAUAUUUCAAGGGCUCUUUUUUCCGUGUACUUACGAUCACUUGGCCAAGUGGUCACCUAUCGAAGAGAGGACGAUGUUGGGAGCUUUGUGUCAUACAGGCUUGAUCAUCGGAACCAUUCUGUCUAUUGCUGUUUCAGGAUUUAUUGCUAAAUCGAGUCUGGGAUGGCCGGGUAUUUCAUAUGUCACCGAUGGAAUUGGGCUCGUUCUUUGUGUGUUCUGGAUUAUAUUAGCCGACGAUAGUCCGAUGACCUCGAGAUUUAUAUCUACCGAAGAAAAAAAUUAUAUUUUGUUAUCUCAGCAAAAGGUCGAAAGAAGUCACAAACGAAUUCCCAUUCCAUGGAAGGCAAUUUGUACUUCACGUCCUUUUCUGUCGCUGGUCAUAACCCAAGCAACUGAAGGCUGGGGACAUUCAACAGUUCUUGCACAAUUGCCGUUGUAUAUGCGAGGUGUUCAUAAAAUGGAUAUAACAAGCAAUGCUAUAUUUUCGUCAAUGCCAUAUGUGGCAAUGUUUGUCAUGUCAUUUGUCUAUCUUGUUUUUGCUAGCUUCUUGAUGAAGAAGAAGAACAUAAGCUUAACAGUUUUAAAGAAAUCAAUCAACACAAUGUCAAUGUGGAUACCAACAGUUACUCUUAUAGCAGUGGGAUUCUUGGAUGAAAGUAACAAAUCUUUGGCCAUUGUCCUGAUGAUAGUGACGGUAGGAUCUAACGCUGGCGUGACUAUUGGUCAAGGUAUGAAUUCCAUUGAAUUGUCCCCAAACCACGCUUCAACUUUAAUUUCAAUCAUAUUGGGUAUUGUAAGUUGUGUUUCACUAGCUUCACCAUUAUAUGCUGGAUACAUUGUUGAAGAUCAGACCGAUCGCAAACAGUGGCAAAUUGUAUUUUUAACUGCAGCACUCAUGGAUUUCUUUGGGAAUUUGCAGUAUUUAUUCUUUGGAACAACCAAGACACAACCUUGGGACGAUGAGAACUAUUUGUUGAGAAAAGAUGAUGACUCUGAAAGUCCAGGGGAAUGUAGAAUAAAAUCAAUCAAAAAUGGAAAAUUAUAAUACAAUUGUGCAACAAUUUAUGUUUGUGCUAAGUUAAUCAUAUAUUUGCUAUAUUUUAUAGCAACUAUCGUAAGAAAAAAAAAAACUUC